AUGAUCGUUCUUUUGUUGUUCGCCAUUUUGCAGACAAUUGACGCAUUCUCGCAAGGGGAUUCGAUCGGUACAAUACCCAUCGAUGUGGAGACACGUUUGGGAGUGAUCCGGGGAAGAGAGGGACGCUUUUUGGACAAAAAUGUUCGCACAUUUCUCAGUGUUCCAUUUGCUGAGCCACCCGAGGGACAUCUUCGUUUUCGGCCACCAAUCGCGAAAAAGCCAUGGAAAGAAACGAUCGAGGCGAUUCAGCCAUCACCCGCUUGUUUCCAGGGUCGUGAUGCGUACAAUACGACAUUCUGGGGAUCGGAGAUGUGGAAUCACAACACGCCGACGAGCGAGGAUUGCCUUUACUUGCAUAUUUGGGCACCAGCGAAUGCUUACAACCUGACUGUUAUGGUUUGGCUAUUCGGUGGUGGAUAUUACUCCGGAAGUCCCUCAUUGAUUCUCUAUGAUGGCCGGGCUCUCGCUGUGACGGGCAAUGUGGUUGUCGUGAAUAUCAAUUAUCGCGUGGGACCUUUCGGAUAUUUGUAUUUCGAUCAUCCCGACGCUCCCGGCAAUAUGGGAAUGCUUGAUCAGCAAUUAGCCCUUCAAUGGAUCCGCGAUCAUAUCUUUUCCUUUGGUGGAAAUCCUGAUCGAAUGACUCUAUUUGGGGAAAGUGCCGGUGCAUCGAGUAUCGUCGCUCAUCUCAUCGCUCCAGGCUCGCAGAGACUCUUCAAACACGGCAUUCUCCAAUCGGGAAGUUUGGACAACAAAUGGAGUAUGGAUACACCGCAAAGAGCGCUGCAAAAGAGUGAGAAAUUGGCGGAGUUGGUCGGAUGUAAUCGAUCUACGGUUUUGGACACGAUCCAUUGCCUUCGCGAUGCUGAAGCCACAAAAUUGGUGGAUAUGAUUUGGAAUGUUGAUUUGAAUUUUCUCGAAUUCCCAUUUGUCAUCGUGAGCCGGGAUCGUCAUUUCUUCAGGCAUAAGGACGGUUUCGAAGCUCUCCGAAAUGGUGAUUUUACAAAAGGAGUCAAUUUAAUGUUUGGAAUCAAUCAUGAUGAAGGAAACUUUUGGAAUAUCUACAAUUUACCUGAAUUCUUCAACGUACCCAUUCAACCCGAAUUGAGUCGAGAGGAGUUUUACCAGUGUGUGGACAAAGCGUUCGCGGCUCAGCCAGAAGUGGUGAGACAUGCAUCAAAAUUCGUCUACUCUGAUCCACAUUGUAAUGGAACGGGCAAGAGGAAAUUUUAUGCGGAACAGGUGAAUCAAAUGGUCGGUGAUUAUUUCUUCACAUGUGAUUCGAUUUGGUUGGCUGAUAAAGUGGCAACUGAUCCAUCGAAUAAUGCUAAUGUUUACGUUUAUUACUUUGAUCAGUACAGCAGUGCAAAUCCUUGGCCACAAUGGACGGGCGUGAUGCAUGGAUAUGAGAUCGAAUUCGUUUUCGGCGUACCCUUGUACAAUCGAACAGCCGGAUACUCAAAAAGAGAGGAGACUUUCUCAAAGAAAAUCAUCGAAUAUUGGACAAGUUUCGCAACAACGGGAGUGCCAGUGUUGUUGGAUGGGAAAAAUCAUGCGGUUUGGCCGAAAUACGAUCUGAUUACGAAGCGGUGGAUGAAUUUGAAGGCUGGCUCACAUUUGGGAACGAUUCACGCAAAGAAAAGUGUUGAAUGUGAGUUGUGGAGACAUUCAAGGGAUAUUGAAUUCACGCAUUAUGAGAAAAUCGUUCACUCCUCGUCAUCAUCAUCAAAUUUCUGCACCUUUUUCUUCUUCUUUAUCGUAAUCUCAAUUAGAAGGAUACUG